AUGGCUCUCAAAGAGGGACUCAGGGCCUGGAAGAGGAUCUUCUGGCGGCUGAUCCUACUUGCAGUUGGCUUCUCAGGGCUGCUCCUGCACGGACUCCUCCCCACAGUCAGAUAUCUGGAAACCCUCAUCCCUAUGGGCACCUGCCCUUUCGCCAAAAUGUCCCUGCUGAGGGACAAUUUCUCGGGUCUCCUGCGUCUCUGGACCCGGCCUGAAGUCCUGACCUGUACCUCCUGGGGGGCCCCCAUUAUCUGGGAUGGCACUUUCGAUCCAGAUGCGGCCCAGCAAGAGGCCCUACAGCAGAACCUCACCAUUGGGCUGACUGUCUUUGCUGUAGGCAGGUACCUGGAGAAGUAUCUGCAGCACUUCCUGAUGACAGCCGAGCAGCACUUCAUGGUGGGCCAGCGCGUGGUCUACUACGUGUUCACUGAGCGCCCGGCUGCGGUGCCUCGCCUGCGGCUGGGCCCGCGCCGCCAGCUGCGCGUGGAGCCGGUGUCCCGCCAGCAGCGCUGGCAGGACGUGUCGAUGGCGCGCAUGCGCACGCUGCACGCGGCGCUGGGCGGCCGGCUGGGCCGCGAGGCGGACUUCGUGUUCUGCAUGGACGUGGACCAGUACUUCAGCGGCGCCUUCGGGCCCGAGGCGCUGGCCGACUCGGUGGCGCAGCUGCACGCCUGGCACUACCACUGGCCGCGGCCGCUGCUGCCCUAUGAGCGCGACGCGCGCUCGGCCGCCGCACUGUCGUCCGACGAGGGCGACUUCUACUACCACGGGGCCCUGUUUGGGGGCACAGUGGCGGCGGUGCGCGGGCUGACGGCGCACUGCGCGCGGGGCCAGGAGCAGGACCGCAUGCGCGGCCUCGAGGCGCGCUGGCACGACGAGAGCCACCUCAACAAGUACUUCUGGCUGUACAAGCCCGCCAAGGUCCUGUCGCCUGAGUUCUGCUGGAGCCCGGAAAUAGGCCGGCGGGCCGAGAUCCGCCGCCCGCGCCUGCUCUGGGCGCCCAAGGAGUACGCUCAGGUGCGCGACUAG